GGACCCGGAGGUCAGGACUGCAGCCUGCUGCUCGCGGGGCCCCGCCCACGCGGUGACGUCACGGGGAGCGUGCGGAGCAGAGCGAGGAAAAGCAGCUUUAAUUGUGGGGCGGCGAGGAGAGCCAGCGAUGGCUUGUCUCAGGCAGGAGCAGCGCUACGGGCUCUGCUGCGGCAGGACCAGCAGAAGCAGCCCCAGCAGGACGCUGUACCACGUCAAGCUGACGGACACGGCCAUCAGGGCGCUGGAGGCUUAUCAGAACGCCAAGGGAUCUUUACCCAGUGAACCAUCAAUUUGCUUCAAAGGGAGCCAGGGGUACAUCAAGAUCCCAGCUCCGUCGCCAGAGUCGCCGUCAGCUCUUCGUGUCUUCUCCUUCUACUUAUCCAGCGACAGCAAAGACCAGCCGCAAGCCAGCUUCGACUGCAUCCACCAGUAUGCUUCCAGCGACGGCCGUGAGCAGCUGGAAGGUCAGGGAGUCAUUCAGGACAAGAUCACGGUGUGCGCCACCGACGACUCCUACCAGAUGACGCGCGAGAGGAUGUCGCAGGUGGAGAAGGACAGCUGGAGCCGCUCUGCCAUCGAGAUCAAGCCCGGAGCCACGCACCCAAGUAAGUGUGUGAAGUUCCACAAGAGGCCAGUUCCCGCCCCCGGGGCCGACGGCAGCCCGUACAAGCAGCCGGCCGGCGGCCGGAGGACCGGGAGCGCGCCGGCGCCGGCUCACAGGCCCCUGAGGGAGCGCGUCAUCCACCUGCUGGCUCACAAGCCCUACAGGAAGCCGGAGCUGCUGCUGUGGCUGGAGAGGGAGCGAGGCAGCCCCAGAGACAAGGCCGAGCUCGGCGCCGUGCUGGAGGAGGUGUCGAAGGUGAAUCCCAAAGACAACAGCUAUCUGCUGAGAGACGACUUCUACAAGUUUGUGCAGAAGGACUGGCCCGGCUACAGCGAGGACGAGAGGCAGCUGAUCAGCCGGCUGCUGGCCAGGAAAUUGCAACCACAGGGCUGCAACCAAUCAAGGAGUAUUCAAGCAAACGUGUCGGUCGUGAAGACGUCCGAGGACACGACAGCCAAAAGUCCUGCAGUGAAACGUCCUGUGCCUUUUGACUCAGUGGAAAGUCUGGCUGCGAAGAGACAGAGACUCACAGAGCAGCGGUUCCACCAGCAGCCUGCUGCUCAUGUGCCCUUAACCAGUAAAGGAGGACAUGACUGUGCAGCUGCCGCCCUCAGCCCCAGCUUCCACACAAAAACGGACUUUCAGAGGACGAGUAGUCAGAGCGACUCCGCAGGGGGCCACCGGCCCUUUGGUGCCACGCACAAACUGCCCUGCACACCUGACGCGCCCGUGUCAGCGAGCAGAGAGGAGCCCACAGUGGAAGCUCUGCAGGCGCCGCCGGCCGCCGCCGCCGCCGCCGCCGCUCACCCGCAGCUCGCCAGCAGCCAGCACCGGAAGAAGAGGUCCAAGAAGCACAAAGACAAGGAGCGGGAGAGGCUGAAGGACGGCUGGCUGGACUCCAGUCCUCGUCUCAAGCAGAGCCCAGACAAACUUGACAAUCCGGACAUCACAAAUGCUGUGGCCUCCGAGGAGAAGCCAGACUAUGUGCACGUCUAUGGCGCCAUAACGAGUUUGGAGCAGCGUCAGCGGUACCAUGAGGAUUUCUGCUCCGAGUACGACGAGUACAAGGACCUCCACUCGCGGAUCGCCACCAUAACCCACAUGUUCGUUCAGCUCGGAUCCAAGAUCAAGAGCCUGUCUCCCGGCACGCAGGAGUAUAAGAUAAUGGAAGAACAAAUCCUAGAAAAGUACAACAAAUAUCGUAAGAGGUUUCCAGGCUACCGGGAAGAGAAGAAGCGCUGCGAGUACCUCCAUGAGAAACUGUCCUACAUCAAACAGCUCAUUGUGGACUACGACGUCUCCCAGGCGUCGUCGUAGCGUUAGCUUUCCCCACGCACGCGCUGACGCCAUGUUUGUUUCAUAUGCAGUCAACACGUGUGUCACACCAGGCGUCGGGAUUUAAGAUAAGAGAAGAGGCGGCUGCUCCUGCUGAGGUCACGAGUCUGAGCUUCCUGUGUUAUUAGCCUUCCAGGUAUCAUGUGUUGCAUAUUACACCUACAGAACAGCUUUGAAUCCUGGGAAUUUCACUUCAGCCCCGUCUGACAGCGUCCUGAAUGCUUCUUAAAACUCACGAAAAGCCAUUUUGUUGGAAACGUCCCAAAAGGGGGCAGAUAUGAAUUCACCCUGAUUUUUGUUUAUAAUGUUUUAGUCCAAGCAAGAUUUUAAUAUGCAGCUUGAAAAGUGUGGAGCCUUUGUGUGCUCAUCAAAGUUCUCCCAGGCGUGUGUGUGAUUGAAGUGGCACACUGCAACUGAAAGAACCGUCCUCUCAUCUCAGACUUCAUAUUUAUAGGUGAAUUCACCUGUUCCCGGUGCAGGAAACUGUAUGUUUGACAUGUUAACACUUAAUAAUAAUAAUAAUAAUAAUAAUAAUAAUAAUCUCACACUCUGACUCUCGCACAUGAAGUUGAAAAUGAUAAAACAGCAUUUUUUAAAGCUACUGUAGGUUCAAUGGAAAAUCACAUGGAAUAUGCAGCGACGCUCGCAUCCAUGCGUUCCGCUGCCGAACACUACGAUGAGGUAUUUGCUGUCUCCCAAAUGCACUUGUGUUUAUAUAAAGUAUUUGUUUACCACUCCCCUUAUUUUAGCGUCGGGUAAAGGGACCAAAGUGCAGCCUUGUGGGCUGUUGCAUUAAUAUGUUGAGGAAAGAUGGCUUUGUUCCUCAAAACAUUUACACACAAAGUCUAGUUUAAAGUAUUUUAACUCGCAGGAAAGAUUUGUCUUUCCCUCUUCUGCUUAGAACUACUGAUGUAUUUAUUUGCCGCCUUUUUCAUGUUUCAUGUGUUGCUGGGCUUCUCGGUUCUAUGCACCAGGUUCACUUUGUAAUCCACACCUCUGGAGCGAUGGAGGAGUUGUUUUGCCUCGCUCUGUGUGUUUGCCCCUGUGUGACCUGACACAAAAGACUACAGGAAGAAGAGCCGUAAGACUCGGCUCAGGUGCAAAGCAAUGAGACAUCGGGUAUUUGUUCAUUGGUCGCUUUGCGCUGCUGAAUUGAUGUAGUUCACAGUAAUUUAAGAAAACAUAAAACUGGUCAGUGAUUUCUGAGUCUCACUGUCUUCAGGGAACAGCUGUUUGUUCAAAGUAUAUGAUAUAAGGUAAAAAGUGGACCUUUACUACAUCAUCAACAGUUGUGGUACUUACUGUAGGUGUUUUGAAUACUUUUAUAUCCCUCACUUUCCAAAUAGUAAUCACUACCAUCAGACUGUAAUUGUUCGUGGUGGUUGCAAUUUUUGAAGCGAUUGUCAAACUGCAGGUAGAGGCCUUAAGAUUAACCUGUCACAGGACACAAGUCUCCAAACUGCCAAACUCAGCAUGGAGCCGCUCUCGCACGUUUUCUGCCUUCUGUGAGUGGAUGCAGUUACACUUGUCUUAGCGAAUCACAAUGAAUGAACUACGGCUCUUGAAUAUUGUUUGUUACAGUGGAAGCUGAAAAACAUUCAAUGCUCAUUUUGAUCAGCUGUGAUGCAUAUACUAUAUUCAUAAGUAAUCCUUUGUGUCAACAUUCCUGUCCACAUCCUGUUUAACUGGAACACCUUUUUUGCGAUAUUCCAUCCACAUUUAAUGACUGUAAGGCGACUGCUGGUUUGGAGAGAACGAGGGUAUAAUGAUGCAAAUUGGUUGCAAACGAUGGGCCGCUUCAUUUUCUCCGCUCACUGAACAUGUUGAACGAAUCACUGGCCGUUCUUACACAAUCAUUAACUGUACAGGUUGUAAUCACAAGCUACAAUACAGGUUUCACAUUGCGUUUUGUUUUUGGAGCGGUGCUGGGCAGUUAUAAGGCACCAGCGUGUACCACAGCCUGUUUUCAUGUGCUGCACAUGUGCUGAUGGGAGAAGCCUCGUCCCGUCGCCGCGGUGACCAAGAUGGAGAGUCUGCUUUAGCAUCUGCUUUAUACCCUUGUAUACGUUUUUCCUGUUGUGCAAGGUUCAAACUAUUAAAAGCAUAAACACA